AUGGCUUCGUUCUUUAUUUCGAAGCAACAGCUCAAUAAGACAAAAGCGGUCCCUCAUGGCGGACUUGGUGGACUGGUUUCUCCGGGAGGAGGUGAUACUGGUGGCAACGAUGCCGAUGCGGCAUGUGAGUCCCGGUGGACAAAAUCCAAGCGACGACGACCUCCGCCAAUUCAAAUCGCAAGUGGCCUUGAACUCUCACCGAUAUCGCCCGCCCAAAUUUCCGCAGCAUCGAGCCUUGGAUUUGGUGGUCUGUGGACGCCAAAGACACCUACGGACCGAAAUCGUUCACGUUCGCUGAUAGGAGGUGACGCGAACGAAAAGGUUUCCCCGUUGAUAUCACGCUAUGAUUCUGCCGCGCCUUGCCAACCUCAUUGCUCACCUCCACAAACACCCAUGAGUCCAAGGGUCUCACAAACUUCACUACCAGCUGAACUUCCUGGAUCCCUCCUCCUACCGAGCCAAGGCUUCCCGCAAACGAACCCGAUAUCACCCCCUCCUUCAAUUCGUGUCCUCCGCAGGGACACCGGAGACUCGUCCUUAAGUUCGGCUCGAACGCUGUCAACAUCUGCUUCCACUGAUGAAGAGAACAUGGAGACACUUCGACACCUCACCACACCAUUAAGAAAGAACGACAGAUUUGGAACCCUCUCAAUAACCCCAGCCACUACCGGAGACCGGCCCAUCGAGGCUUCGCGGAUAACUAGGCCCUUUUCUGCUAUGGGAAUGGAAGAGCUACUGGCCCGCCUGCCUGAAUUAAAUCCUUCGACGAUAUCCCAGCUGUGGCUUCCCGCAUUCCGCAUUCAAUUCCAGAAAAUGACCGCUGUGCUUCAGGACGCCACGGAAGUGGAACUUGAUUCAAGCCUCGACCGGAUAGCUCUCCAGAAGGACCUGCAAUCGUUUUCUGACGGACUCCGCGUCAUUACAGCAUCUUACCACAAAGUCGUAGAGUCCGCCGAAUCAGUAGCCGAGCGAGACACCAAAAAUCGUCAGGAGCGUCUCAAAGAACUAGAGGUACAAGUGGAAGAGGCCCUGGAAAGCAUCGGAGCAAAAGACAAGGAGAUUGCACAUCAAGAGAGAAAGAAUACCGAACUCAAGCAUACUAUCCACGAGGUCGUCCGCGUUCUGGGUGCAUUCAUCCACGACCAUGUUCCCGAUCGGUGGGAUAGCAUCAACGAAUCGAGAACCCAAGAAGUUCUUCAGAUUAUUUCCGAUUACGCACGUCACGCGGACAACAAAUCCGUUCGAUACCUCCGUGUCCCUGAAGCCACGGUUGCCCAAUACGUACGAGACCUCCAAGAGCUACAAAACCUGAUUGACUAUUAUCGAAAGGUCUCACACAGUCAGGCUAAAAUGAUCAAUCAACAGUCAGAAAGUCUCGACGCAUAUGUGGACAAAUACGAGACCGCGGUCAAUCUGGUGAAAGAACGCGAGCAUGAAAUCCUGCUUCUCACGCAGCACAAUAAAGACCUGGCCAAACAAGUGGAGCGAUACGAAGAGGAGUUGAUCCAGACCCGAGAGGCCCAUACCGAAGCAGAGCUCAUGGUCCGACAAUAUGAAGAACUUCGUGGCAGCAUGGAAAGUUUGAAGAUGGCACAUGCAUUGGAACUCGAUCAACGCGAUGCAGAGAACGCCAACCUUCGUCAGAAGUUAGGAAGUGCUCGUGAAGAAGUCUUUGCUCGCCGAGAGGAUGUGAAAAAUAUCCUGACUCAAGCACGGAAUAUGCUUCAGUCUACCGAUACGUCGACGGCUAAGAGCAGGAACGCCUCCAAAGCAUUAAGAUUUCUAGGGAUGGAGCAAGACAAGAAAAAGAUCAAGAAACCCGGCCUUCCCUCAAGUCAGAGCAUGAUGGGACUUUCGAAACCCGCUUUCGAUUCUCCUACUUGGUCAUCCGAUUCGAGAUACUCUUCCAAAGAAGUAACGACUGAUGAACCUACCCUUCUACGAAAUCGGUCUCUUCAGAACCGAUUUCGAAGUCAAACCAAUCCCAAUGCUCCCGUUGACGGUUCUACCGGAUCUACCGACUGCACCCUCCCAUUAUCGGUUGUUCGACCAAGAUCCGAUACACUUGGGGCAACUCAACGUCACGAUGAACUUGGCUCUCCCAUAAACACCGACAAGGAUUUACCCAAGCCACCCACUCAAUUAUUCCCAUCAUUUCUAUCAGCAGCUCGACUUGCAGAAAUCACACAAUCCAUCGACAGUCCAACAGAAGCUCAGAUUGCAUCAGACUACUUCAAACACGGUAUUAUUGGACAGACGUCUACUCGUCGCGUGCUGAGCAAUAUCCCAGAGGUCCCCGUCUACAACGCAUCUGAAGCAGAUAUUCAACAGGACAAGAAUUUCGAGACCAUGAACGAGAAAGAUUCGGAUAGUGUCGAUAGUAGCGACCGGGAAGUCUAUCGCAAGAGUAUCUGCGCAUUGGACAUGCUAAACAGCUCAACUCUGCUUGACAACGAGACGGCGACAAGUCUCGAGAGAAUUUUACGUGGUCGCACGAGAAGUGAACCGAGCAACUCCCACAUACCGACCCCUAGCGAUCAAUCGCAAGAACCCCGGACAGGAGUGGCCCGCGUGCUUCAACUCCGACCUGGCAAUGGAGACCUACGAGACGCGACGAGAGAACGAGAUCGAGAUUUUGACCGCGAAGAAAGAGUCAGACAGAGCCUCAUGUCAGAUAGUUCCGGGUAUCGGACCGAAGACUCGGAGCCGCAGACUGUUACACAAAUGUAUCAUCAAGGACGACGACACAUCCGUGGCUGA